AUGUUCCUCUCCGAGAUCUCUCGCAUUCUCGCAGAUAGCCCGGAGCUAUCGAAUGUACUCACUUACGAUGAUCUGACCCGUUUUAUCGAUAUCGUGCGCUGGAAGAGGGAAGAUAUUGCAUCAGUACAACCCUCCUUCAUCUCCGGACCGCCCGAAUACCUGCCCACAGCUUACCAUCACUUCUUUGCUGCUGCGUUUUCUCUUGGCCAAGACGAGGUGCAGCUGCUGUGGACUAAACUUCGCAUACUAGCAUGGGGAUCCGAGGACGAUACCCAAGAUGGGGAGCUAGAAAGUCGAGCUAAAGCCCUUAUUCCCCUAUUCUUGAAGCAUGCACUUCAGUAUGAUAUCGGAUUCUACAACUUCCGGCCACCCGCUCGCGUAUGCACCGAUUCGCAUUGCGAUCGAGAACUGCGAUCUAUGCCGGGCAUUUUCAGGCCCCGCGAACUAACGGAACCACUAUCCUACAAGGCUGUCUACUUCUCCAAGGAUCUUGGACCUAUGCCAGUCUGGUGCACCUCACUGUAUUGCCGCCACUGUAAUACCCGAUACUAUCCCAACUUCUACGUCCACGACAAAGCAACUACACGGACAUAUUACCGGGGCAUUCCUGAUGUCAUCCAAAGUGCCCAGCAUGCUUUCUUUUCUCGUGAUCUCUGCGAGCUUUUCGCUACGCUUAACGUGGUCUCAUGGACAUCAGCAACAAAUUGCGCUCGUAUCCACAACUUGAUGCUCUCACCGAUGUCAUAUUCGUUGCUGAUGCCUGAAGACUGGCCUGUGAAGUUGCCCCUUGAUGUGGACAAGGUGUGGGACGCUUUCUUCCUCUAUUCAUUGCUCUUGGAUCAUGACGAGAGGCACACUUGUCUCGAGCUUCGUCAUGAUGCACCGAGUCAAUGGGAGCGUCUCAGACCUGCCGUCCGCGCCCGCAAUCUUGCUAUGGCUGGCCCAGGACAGCCAGAAUGGAACCAUGCUUGCGAUCUCUGCUGUUGGGUUUCCGAAGAUGAAGAGGGACAACUCUGGGCGGUCAGAUCUGUUGUUACAGAUGGGGUUAGUAUUGGUCAUCCCUGUUGUGCUGUACACGACUGCCAAGAGCCGUUGAUGCCCAUGAAGGGUGCCCGAUAUUGUCGGUUACAUGCUGGAUAUGAGACCAAAUGCGCUGUGAUAUCUUGCGACAAGGCUGCCGAGGUAGGCUUUGCAACCUGCGCUACGAAGGAGCACCGCGAAAUGGAGAAGCACAAGACACAGGCUGGGAAAGCAAUGUUCCAGCUCAAGCGUCGACUCGAGCGCCUUCACGUCUCACAGACCCAUGAUUCCUUAUCGACUUCUGCACCAGUGGACGAUCCUCUGUAUUCUCUCGACGUCGAAGGCACUGGCACAGCUGAUGAAGAAGCUACUAUCGAUAGCGAGGAUGUACCAGCUUUGUGUAAUGGGAAGCCCCCCACGGGUAACCGCAAGUAUAAGGCCCAGUUCGGUAGAAGACGUACACAUAACGAGGAACUGUGUGUUACUUCGUGUGGUGUCAUUAUCGGGCGCGCUACGUUCUUUGGUUCAGAGGCACCUAAUGGUGUUCGUGUAUUCUUGAUGAAGCUUUUCCCGAAAAAGCGAUCUCUUCCGCAAGUAUUAUGGCAUGAUAAUAACUGCCAAAUACAAGCUAUGCUCGCUAAUGAUCCAGAGGACUUACAGAAAUACUUUGAAUAUUGUGCGAUGCCAGUUGAUGUCUUCCACUUCAAGUCCAAGCAUAGAGAGAGCGAUAUUGCUUGCAACGCGUACUGCAAUCCCUAUAUCUGGGAGGAUCUGCGAACAGAGGAGGGUACCUGGCGCUUCAAUUCCUCCGCUGCUGAACAGGCGAAUGCGUGGUUUGGAGGCUAUCAGUCCAUGGUCAGGGAGAUGGAUGUUGAUAGGUAUAACUUCUUCUUAGACGAGAUGAUCAAGAGGCGCAACCGGCUCGUGAUAGCAGAGCUGGAUCGUAGGGGGCGUCGGCCUUACAACAUCCCUAGGGAGGAUCUCUUAUCAGACUAG